UUCCUUGUUCCUUCAGAUCCCCCCCCUUCCCACCCAACCACACCACACGCGGACAAAAGAGGUACGUAAAGAAACGAACGUUCGCCAGGGUCAAAACUCGAACCCUCUUUUUCUUUCUCCGUUGCCGUCCUUGGCCUUUCGAGCCGUCAAGAAUUCACGUUGUCCGAAGGAAAAUAUAAAUCAAGAAAAACAAAUUAGGAAUUCUUGGUCUGGGGUGGAUAUACGUAGAGAAAUACUAGGUUUUGUAUGUAGUAUUCAUGGAGAAGGUGUACAAUAAGCUGCGGAAUUUGGAUGCCUACCCGAAAAUCAACGAGGAUUUCUCCAGCCGUACGGCCUCCGGUGGCGUUAUCACGCUUGUUUCUUCUAUCGUCAUUGCUUUGCUUUUCCUCUCUGAGUUCAGAUUAUACCUCCACACAGUUACAGAUACAAAGCUUGUGGUGGACACGUCAAGGGGAGGAAAAUUACGUAUCAAUUUUGAUGUGACCUUUCCUGCCAUUCCAUGUACGCUGCUGAGUCUUGAUACCAUGGAUAUAAGUGGAGAGCGGCAUCUGGACAUAAAGCACGAUAUAUUCAAGAAACGAAUUGAUUCUCAUGGUAACGUGAUAGAAGUGAGACAAGAAGGAAUUGGUGCACCCAAGAUUGAGAGGCCUUUGCAGAGACAUGGUGGCAGGCUUGAGCACAAUGAGACAUACUGUGGUUCAUGUUAUGGUGCAGAAACGUCUGAUGAUGACUGUUGUAACUCCUGUGAAGAAGUCCGUGAAGCAUAUCGAAAAAGAGGUUGGGGAUUGACAAAUACAGAUUUGAUUGAUCAGUGCAAAAGAGAAGGUUUUGUUCAAAAAGUGAAAGAGGAAGUUGGUGAAGGAUGUAAUAUACAUGGAUCUCUGGAGGUUAACAAAGUGGCUGGGAAUUUUCACUUCGCCCCUGGUAGAAGCUUUCAUCAAAAUGCGCAUCUGCUUGACUUGUUGGCUUUACAAACAGAAAAUUAUAAUAUAAGCCACAAGAUUAACAAGUUAUCAUUUGGAGAUUCCAUUCCUGGAAUUGUAAAUCCAUUGGAUGGGGUGCAAUGGGUACAAGAAAAUCCAAAUGGAGUGUAUCAGUAUUUUACCAAGGUGGUUCCAACCAUAUACACCAAUAUUAGAGGCCAUACCAUUGAGUCAAAUCAGUUCUCAGUUACUGAGCAUUAUAAGAGUUCUGAAGUGGAUUUCAGAUCCCCUCCUGGAGUUUUCUUCUUUUAUGACCUUUCUCCUAUAAAGGUGACUUUCGCAGAGGCUCAUACGCCAUUCCUACACUUCCUGACACAUAUCUGUGCCAUAGUGGGAGGCAUAUUCACAGUUGCUGGAAUUGUAGAUUCCUUCAUUUACCAUGGUCAGAAGGCAAUACGGAAGAAAAGCGAAAUCGGGAAACUCAGAUGAGAACACUAACUUAUAAUGGAACACAGAAAAAGAAGAAAAACAGCAGCUGAAGGCCAUUUCCACUGGUAUUCUGUGCUGUCACCUUGAGCUCUCAGUUUAGAAGGCACAUAGCCAGCAGGAAAUUCUGUAGUCCAACAAGCUCAGAAUGAGGCUUCAAUUCUCACGUAAGAGUUUGAUUGAUGAUGCUGCAACAUGUCAACUCCAUAUUGAUCUUCAAAUUCGUGGUCUUUUGCAACAAUUUUCCCAUUGUGUCCUCACAUUGUUUAUACUGUAGUAUGUGAAUUUGUUUUUAACCUAGCUUGUGUUAACUUCAGUUUUCAA